UUAGGCGCAACGACGUCUGGAAAAGGAGAACAAACGCAAGCAGAAAAUGGCCAUGAAAAUCACGGAAACGGCGGAGGAGAAGCGGGCUCGUCGCCUCGCAAAGAAAGAAAUGAAAGAGCAAGGUCGGAGACGCAAUAUGGGAUGGGAUGACGAGCACGCGGGCUAUACCAAUACUGACAAUCCAUUUGGCGAUUCUCGACUAUUGGAAAAAUUUACAUGGGGAAAGAAGAUGGAGAAGGACUCUCAAAUGAAGGGUCUAACAGCCGAAGAGAUCAUGGCAUCGGACGCAAGGCGUUUAGAGGAGAACAAGCAUGAGCUUGCAAAGGUCAAAGAAAGGCGUAUACAGAGAGAGAAAGAUAUCGAGGAUCGCGAGAAACUAAGAGAACUGGAGGCCAGAGAAGCUAUGUCCAGUGAGCUAGACCACUAUGCGGAAAAGGAAGAGGAGUUCUAUGUGGAGCAGGCCAAGAUGCGGAGUAUGAUCAGGAUAGAAAGCGGCAGACCCAAGCCGAUAGAUUUGCUGGUAAAGUAUAUAACUGUGGAUAUCGAUAGUGAUGAGGCGACCAUUGCUGAACCAUAUUUAGUGUUCCAGGGUUUGAGCUUGAAAGACUUGGACGAUUUGGAUGCCGACAUAGAAGUGUAUCUUGGCAUCGGCAAUGAUAUCGAUUUCUGGAGGGAUAUGUUGGUUCUGUGCAAGUAUGAGAUGGACACUCUGGCACAAAAGCAAAAGGGAAGCAAUAUCAACGAUUCUGUGCGCCAGGAAAUCAUGAAAGUGAUGUCGGGUAAGAGUCUACGAGAACUUAAACAACUGGAAACGCAAAUCGCACAGAAACUCUCUCAGGGUGGAGUGGUGGAUGUUGCGUUUUGGGAAUCGUUAAGAGAGCAUCUUGACGUUUACAAGGCCAAGGCACGUCUGGCGGAGAUGCAUGCCACAGUACUAGCGAAGAAGCUAGAUCGUCUGCAAAGCAUGGGACAGGAUGGCGCUGAAUUGAUAGCCAGCAACGCGCCAGAGGAAGCGCCACCAGCCGAAAAUGACGAGGACCUAUUGGGUGACGAAGAAGCAGAAGAUGAGGAAGAACCAGGAGUGGUAUAUGGACCCGAAGUCGAAGGUAUAUACAGUUUACCUGUGACCGAUGAUGAGCAAGACGCGAUUGAUCCUGAAACGGAAGAGGAAGCGUGGGAGAAGGAGAGACACAAACAAAUGGCAAUUCGCCUUGGUAUUCGACUUGAGGAAGAGGCCGUUGCUGGUGAGGUUCCUUCAGGUGACGCUCAAAAAGCACCAGAAACUGAUGAAUUCAUGAAGACGAGCACGCACGUGGAAGAGGGCGAUCUCAUUUUCAACGCUGAGAUGCCGAUCAGUGGCGAAACAUACGACUGGAGCGACAAGUAUAGGCCACGCAAGCCGAGGUUUUUCUCCCGUGUACAUACUGGUUUCGAAUGGAACAAGUACAAUCAAACGCACUACGACUCUAGAGAGAAUCCACCCCCUAAGAUUGUCCAGGGCUACAAGUUCAACGUGUUCUAUCCGGAUCUACUGGAUCGAUCCAAGGCUCCAACAUACAAGUUGAUACCUAUCCCAGACGAGCCAGAUUUUUGUAUCAUCCGCUUCUCGGCCGGGCCGCCAUACGAGGAUAUAGCCUUCAAGGUCGUCAAAAGAGAGUGGGAGUAUUCGCAUAAGCGAGGUUUUAAAUGUCAAUUUGACCGCGGCAUCUUUCAAGUUUGGUUCCACUUCAGGCGCAACCGUUACAGAAAAUAGAAACCUACAAUUCGUCGUUCUGUGCGCUGAUUUAUUUAUUUAUUUUAAAUCUUGCGUCACGUUACAUUGACUUGGAAGCGAUGAGUAGAACCUCCGACUUAUAAAUUUGGUUCAUUUGGAAUGACCUCGCAUCUUCAAACAGCCUCAAUAAAGAACCAACAAAUUCAAG